AUGACCUCACUCUGCCAGGCCCUGGUCCCCUGGCUGUCCCUGCUGUGGGUCGCACGGGUGGCGGACGGGAUGCCUGACCCGGCUCAGAGGGACCUGGACCUGCUGAUGCGUGAGGAGGCGUCCCGGCAGACGGGGGGCCGGCUGGUCCUGAAUGCAGCAGAGCAGAAACUGGACUCGUACCUCCACCGGUUGAAGCAGCGAGAGAUGUCGGCGGCUCAGUUUCCUCCAGCGAUGCAUUUCUUCAGAGCGAAGCCUCUGAUCCAGAAGAGUCCGAUCUUUAAGCUGCUGCAGGAGAUGCCUAAAGGAGCAGCGCUCCACAUCCACACCUCCUCCCUGGUGGGGGCGGAGUGGCUGGUGAAGAACGUGACCUACAGGCCGAACUGCUACGUCUGCUUCACCUGGGACAACUCGGUGCGCUUCCUGUUCUCAGAGCGGCAGCCGUUCCCUCGCUGGGACUGUUUCUACUGGCAGCUGCUGCAGAGCCUCAGGGCCCGGAUAGGGGACACCACCGGCUUCGACAACAGUCUGAUGCAGCAGCUGACCCUGGUGACGGAGGACCCGGAGGAGGAGUACCCCAGCCAGGAGGUGGUGUGGGAGAGGUUUGAGAAGGCGUUCAUGGCGGCUGCAGGCCUGAUCAGCCACGGCCCCGUGCUGCAGGACUUCCUGUACCGAGGCCUGGAGGAGCUCCACCACGACAACAUCAUGUACCUGGAGCUGAGGAGCGGCCUCUCCAGGACGUAUGAGCUGGACGGAAGCAUCCACGAUAAAGUCUGGACUCUGAAACUGUUUCAAGAAGUUAUAAAGAGAUUUACAGCAGAUCAUCCAGACUUCCUCGGGGCUCGACUCAUCAUCUGUGUGCACAGGGCUCUGAGUGUGAAUGAGGUGAAAACAGCAGUGAAAGAGGCCAUCCAGCUGCAGAAGGACUUCCCAGAUGUUGUAGCAGGAUUUGAUCUGGUUGGCAGGGAGGACAGUGGGAGGAGCCUGUGGUUCUUCAGAGAAGCUCUCUCUCUGCCGGCUGAGCUCGGCGUCACGCUGCCGUUCUUCUUCCAUGCAGGAGAAACAGAUGAUGAAGGCACCGACGUGGAUCAGAACAUCCUGGACGCUCUCCUGUUCAACACCAGCCGGAUCGGCCACGGCUUCGCUCUGGCUCGCCAUCCGCUGGCCAGAGAGCUUUCUGUGAAGAGGAAGGUGGCGGUGGAGCUCUGCCCCAUCUCCAACCAGGUGCUGAAGCUGGUGUCCGACCUGAGGAACCACCCUGCGGCCGUGCUGAUGUCAGAGGGCCACCCGCUGGUCAUCAGCUCCGACGACCCCGCCCUGUUCGGCAGCUCGGGCCUCUCCUACGACUUCUACCAGGCCUUCGUCGGCAUCGGAGGCCUGAAGGCAAACCUGGCAACCCUGAAGGAGCUGGCACUGAACUCCAUCAGGUUCAGCUCGCUGCCGGCUCGUCUGAAGGACUCGGCUCUCGUCACGCUGCAGAAUAAAUGGGACGAUUUCAUCCUGAAACAUUCCUGACAGACAAACAACACACACUACAUGUGAAUAGGGUCAUUUAACUUAUUGAUAUCACCAUCAAACUUCCACACUUUGUUAUUUACAUUAAGACAAUAUUUUUUUCUAUUACAAGUUUUCUGAAAGUUAAUGUUUAGAUAUGCAAAUGAGGGGUGAACUCAUUAAAUAUGCACUAAUUUGCAUACAUUUCCAGGACGUAAAAACUGAAUAUUGGAUAAAGCAAAUUUUAGGUAUUUUAUUUUGUUGAUUUUAGUUUUAAAGUUUUUUACUGAAGAAAAUUGUGAUAUCUCCUUUUAUCAUUUCAUAAAACAGAAAAUGGUUAGAAGCCAAAUAAGAUAUUUUUUUGUAUUUUUUAGGAACAAAAUGUUCUGAAUGAUAUAUAGAUAAAACCUUCAGCAUAUAGUUAAUAAAACUGGUCAGUUUGUGUCUGUCAGUGGAGCUAAAGUUGAGAUUUAUGAGAAAAAACUCAUUUUGAGAAAACGGCCUU